AUGGUCGCCCCAAGGCAUGCUGCUUAUGCAGAGGAGAGCGCAGAGGUGGAGGUUUUAUAUGCCAACCUUGACAAGCUCAACUUGCUCACCAAGAAGAUACAAGGUUCGCUUGUCCGCCUUGAGACCGGGGGGAAUGUCGUGAAACACGCCAUUGGACCCAUCUACAGCAAUACGCAAUCCCUCCAGAUCACAAAUAGCAAUAUCGACAAGGUCAAUGAGGCCAUAGAACGUCUUCGCAAGCCUCUCGACGCAAAAGGUCGGGAAGAAGGCAUAAUUCGUGCUGGGCCUCAAAGCGUAGAGCUCUCUCAAUACCUUUCGGCGAUGAAGCGGGUUGAAAAGGCUCUAUUGGACCUUAAUGCAACCAACUUAAAGUCAAACCAGAAAGCAAUCUCCGAAUUCACCUCCCUUCUGAACACUGGGAGUGGAAAGCUCCAGGAGAUGUUCCGCAGUACUUUAAGUCAACACAUAACGCCUGUAGAACCACUUCACUAUCUUACAAAAGAGCUUCCGUUUCCAUCGAUGCCCGAAGAUAUCAUUUCACAACUGGCGCCGAUAUGUGCUGCCAUCGGUGCGGCAGCCACUCAGGGACCGCAGCGGGGUGACGGAACCAAUCCAGCCCUCAAGAUUUACGCCGAUAUCCGAGGACCGUAUAUAACUACAAGCUUGCAGAAUCUGGCCACGGCGUCCCUAAAUACGGUCAAAAGGAGAGCCAACGAUGGACCAUACAAACAGGGAACCAACGGAAUCGGGAUUUAUUCGAAUGCUUUGGAGGGUUUCGUAUCUACUGAGCAGGGUAUCGUCGUGCAGAUUUUCACGGGUGACCAGCGAGGACUGGCCCUUCAAGCGACAUGCCGCUCAGCGCUAGCUGAAUACUCGAAAACCCUACGUGAGUUGAAUCAAUAUAUCAGGGCCAAUCUCAUGACGGACUGCUUUCUCGCUUUCGAAAUUAUUGAGAUUGUGACAGCCAUGUCCUAUCGGGUUGAUUCAAAAACGGGAGAGCUCAAGAGCUUGUUCAUAGAAGCUCUCAGACCCGUCCGCGAGACUGCCAAGUCCUCGCUUUCAGAGCUACUUGAAGAGACAAAGCGCAAAGCUGCAAAUAUCCAAGUUCUUCCACCCGAUGGUGGAACGGUUCCUCUCGUCGAGGAAGUGAUGAGCUCUCUUACGACGCUGACUGGCUAUUCUGGCCCGCUGGCAUCCAUUUUGACUUCCCUAGGAGAUGGCAACUGGCGCUCCAAAUCCGGCACAUCGAGUACCGCUCCUUUGGAUGUCAGCCCUGACAGCUCAACUCUCUUGUCCCACUUUAUUCUCGAUAUGAUUGAGGCAUUGAUGAUUGCGCUGGAGGCCCGAGGACGGGCGUUCCACCGUUCCAAAGCUGCUCUUGGUGUUUUUCUGUCAAAUGUCUUCUGUAUCGUUGAUCGCUCUAUUCGACAAAGUCCCGAAUUAGCACGCUAUCUUGGCUCGCCAGAUAGCAUCGCGCGAAUUGACACAUUCCGGAAGCGGGCGACUUCCACUUAUCUGGAUGCCUGGAAAGAGACUUCGCAGUACCUUCUCGAUGUGCAGUAUACCUCCCGGGUUGCCGGAGCAUCAAACCGCCCUGCCUCUGGAGGCGUUGUAGAUUCUAGCGCUAUCGUGAAAUCUCUUUCUUCCAAAGACAAGGAUGCGAUCAAGGACAAAUUCAAAUCCUUCAAUGCAAGCUUUGAUGAGUUGAUAUCGCGACAAAGAUCACUAUACAUGGAGAGGGAGGUGCGUGGUGUGCUCACCCGUGAAGUACAAGGUGUCCUUGAGCCUCUAUAUGCCCGCUUUUGGGACCGCUAUCAUGAAGUUGACAAGGGGAGGGGCAAGUAUGCCAAGUACGAUAAAGGCAGCCUGUCUGCACAGCUCGCAUCAAUGUGA